AUGUCUUCAUCUCCAUCUCCAGGAAACAAUGUCUUUGCUGAAGGCCCGCAAAUGCGGCAACCCUCUCUUUCUUUUCUUUAUCGACUCGAAUGCGAUAUCGAAAAAGAAGAGAUCAAUGUCGGUGCUCCACAUGAUGCCGGGGUUAUGCGCAGCAUCGCAAAUAUUGUGCGAGGCAGUGUGAAGGGUGAUGGAAUUGAGGGUUCAGUUCUUCCUCUGGGAGGGGCCGACUGGGCAACGGUCGUGAAAGGGACUCAUUCAAUGACCCUUGAUGCCCGCUACACGGUUCGAACCACCGAUAAUCACUAUUUGUACAUCCGCGCCCAUGGUCUCUAUCGCCCCGGACCUAACACAAGCUACGCGAAACAAGUGGAAAGUGAUCCGAUGAUGAUGCCGCCCUCGGUUGUGUCGCAGGACGACGUGGAGUUCUUUUCUCAUCUCCGGAUCGAGGCCGGACCGGGGCCGUACAACUGGUUGAACGGGCUGGUAUGUCUUGGCGUCAUGGUAUGCGAAGGAGAAAAGAUUUGGAUAGAUGCCUAUCAUCUGACAAAUUUCCCGGGUGUGAAGCCGGAAGAUGUAAUGGCAAAGGCAUAA